AGACGACCUCCCAUAUUUUUGUUCGAUGUCACAGAAUUCAAGCCAUUUUACCAGCACUAGCUAAAUACCUGUUCCCAAACGAAUAGAAUGAUGAGCCAUGAUUAUUGAACAUGCAAUUUUUAACUGCACAGAUUUUUCCGGCAUUUUGGAGCAUGAAAAGUAAAUAAAUUGCAAAACAAACGGCUGACACGCGAGGCGCGCGAGAAGAAAAAUGAAAAUUCAAAUCAUGGCAUGCUGCGAUUUUGUUUACUUGAGGCAUCUUCUCAGUAUACCAGUUUUGAUCGGAUGAGGGGUCAAUGCAUAUUUCAUGUAGCCGGUAUCUGUUUACGAUUACCAAAAUUUUGUAAAAAAAUAAUAAUUGAAAAAUUGAACGAAAAAUGGGAUGUUGCCGUUUGAGUAACUUUUAAAAAUGUUGGAUAUAAGGAAACUUACUAGAAAAUUAAAAUUUGGUUUUUAAGUAAGUAGGAAAAGAAAAACAUAUAGGUUACAUAAUGUAGCCAGCUUGACAAAGUGUGACAUAGGAGAGAGAGGGUAAUUUUUGGACGAUUUUAGCGUGACAUACUUUAUGGAUGACGCCCAAGGCGGUCACUUUGGCCCUAUAAAAGUUUCCGAGUUUUAUUACAAGAUUUCAGUCAAAAAUGAUGAAGUUAAAUUGCACGCCGAAGUUCCUUUGAGUCAACAUUAUGUGCUGGAUGGAAAUACAUGCUGUUAUCCAAAACUAAAAAUACAUAACUUGCUACUUUUAAUAAUUUUAUAAAAUUCAAAAUAUUCUUACUACACGCACUAUGGACGACCCAUCGGUGUGCAAAACUGCCAUAAAAACUGGUAGAAAAGUUGCAGCUCUCCACCGCGAGAGGCAGCACCUGUCCUGUCCUCGUUUUUGAACCUAAAGUUCCGCAUAUGUGCCAGCGUGACUGUGCAAAUAUUGGAUAUUCUUAACUGCACGGUUGACAUACCCCCCACCGCCGUUGAAGGUGUGGAUGAGCUUAAACCAUUUAUAGUUUCAUGGAAGAGGAAUUUUCCGUUGCAGUAGCCAACAGUAGUGAAAGAAGUGUUGACCUGUGCAGGUGUGUUCAGAGCGAGGUGUUCAACGGAGAAGACAGUGUUAUCUGCGUUGCUAAAUUAGACAAGACAAGAAUGAGUGAUGAAUGGAGUCUGCUGUCUAAGAUACCGGCAAUACUGGAAGAACAGCAUUUCGUGCGCGUGCCGGACAAUGAACCAGUCGUACGAUUCGAGUUCCCUGAGGAUUUAAAGAAACUGGUAGACUUCACACUGGACAGCGAUGAGCCACGCGACCAGGCUGGCGUCGAGCAGAUUAUCAAACAAGUGUUGCAAUACUCGGUCAGAACCGGACACGCCAACUUCCACAAUCAGCUUUUUGCCGGCGUUGAUCCGUACGGCCUUGCCGGCUCUUGGAUUACGGACGCCCUCAAUACCAGCCAAUACACAUUCGAAGUUGGACCCGCUUUCACGUUGAUCGAGGAUGCCCUCAUUGCCAAGUGUUUGCAGCUAUUCGGGUUCGUUGAAGGCGAUGGGAUCCUGGCCCCUGGUGGUUCCAUUUCAAACAUGUACGCCAUGGUGGCCGCACGGUAUCGGGCUCUGCCGGGGGUGAAGCGGACCGGGCUGGCCAAUCAACCAACGCUGGUGGCGUUCACGUCGGAGGAUGCCCACUACAGCAUCAAAAAGGCAGUCCACUGGCUAGGCAUCGGCAUCGACAACCUGGUGCUCGUCCGAACCGACCCCGGAGGGUGCAUGAUUCCGGAGGAGCUGGAGAAAGCCAUCGGCACGGUUCUCGCCUCCGGCCGCCAACCUUUCUUCGUAAACUCCACGGCCGGCACCACCGUACUCGGUGCGUUUGAUCCGUUCGAGCGAAUCGCCGCCAUUUGUGAGCGGCACAAUCUGUGGCUGCACGUGGACUCUUGCUUGGGCGGAAGUGCCAUCCUGUCCCGGAAGCACUCGCACCUGCUGGCCGGCGUUGAACGGGCCGACUCACUGGCGUGGAACCCGCACAAAACGCUGGGGGCUCCGCUGCAGUGUUCGAUAUUCUUGCUGAAGCACAAGGGACUGCUGCACGAGUGUAAUUCCGCUAAUGCGGACUAUCUGUUUCAGCAGGACAAGUUUUACGACGUUUCGUACGACACGGGGGACAAGAGUGUGCAGUGUGGCCGGAAGGUGGAUGCGUUCAAAAUUUGGCUCAUGUUCAAAGCACGUGGAGAUGGCGGACUUGCGGAGUUGGUUGAGAACGCGUUUGACUGUGCGGAGUUCUUUACGGGGGAGGUUAGGAAGCGGGACGGGUUCAGGUUGGUGCUUGAGCAGAUCCAGUACACCAACGUUGGCUUCUGGUACGUUCCGAAGAAGCUGCGGGUGCUCGAGGAGCAACAAGAUGACGCGUGGUGGGCGAAAAUUUACGAGGUAACGGCCAUUAUCAAAGAGAGACUGGUCAAACAGGGCAGCGUACUGAUUGGGUACGUUCCGAGGCCACACAAGAAGAUUGGAAAUUUCUUCCGGAUGGUCGUAACGUGUCAUCCCAGGCCGACUCACAGUUCAAUGAAAUUUGUUAUCGAUGAAAUUGAAAGGGUCGGUGAGAUGCUUUGAGUUAGGUUGCGAGUUUCCUUAUUGACAGGAAUAAACCAUAUUUAAAUAAUAAAAAAA